GAUAGCGAAAAGCCACCGUCUCGGCUCGGUGCACUCGACGUGUCAGGCUGAUGUACAGACCAAGCUUCUUUGCUUCUACCACCAACACCGACGAUGGCUGCACUCUCGGAGACAGGUGCGUCUACGCCUCUGGCGAGGCCUCAAUAUCUGCAUUUCUCGCAGCCGAACUCUUCAGGUGUGUCCGUGUCAAGCCACCAGAGCAGGCGCCUGGACAAAGCCAACUUCGAUGAAGCACUGAGGCACCGAACGAUGACAAAGUUCCUUCAUGGAAAAGGUACUGCCAAUGGUUGGUUCGACAUCAACCUGCCAAAAAGGCCACUCGGUGUCCUCCUGCGUCAAUCCAAUGGCACCUACAGCGUCGAGCCACAGGACCUCCCAGAAUCGCUGGUUCGCACGGUUGCGAAACUGGGCGUUCAGGCAGCUUUUGCCAUUGCUACGGAUUCGACAGAGGCCAUCUUCGAUGUCAUUGGUGACGAAGAUCAUGGAAUCAUGCUUGGUGAUGGCCUGGAUCUCCAAGUCGUCGACUGCAUGGCCAACCUCAUGCGAAUUGGGCUUGCUCAGGCACGAAGAUUUCCCUACGCAGCAUUAAUCAGAAGCGAGAGAAUUCUUCUAGUAUGGCAUGACGAAGUUGACAAGCUGUUGCAACAAGCGGUCGCCACGGAAGAGGAAUUGAUGAAACUAAUAUGGGGGGAUACUCCUUUCACCGCCGCCCAUCACACAUCCAGGGCUUUGACUGCGAGUUCUCUAAGCGUGUGGAACAAAUCGAAGAGGGACAGAUUCACAACCGAAGUCACAGAGAUCUCGGAUUUGGAAGAACAAGAGCUCGAAAAAGAAUCCCUCGACCGCCCAGUAAGGCUCUAUGGCGCAAUCAUCAUGGCUUGUUCGAUAUUCUUCCUGGUCUUCCUCAUAUUCGGCUACACCACAUCUCAUCUCGUCCUCGAGAUGCUGACAGACGGCGAUCGCAUGCGUUUCGUCUGGAUUGCCUUCGAGCCACUCACCCUAAUCGUGGCUAUGUUCUUCUCUCUGUCUCUGAUGACUUAUGCCUUCCAGCUUUUCGGACCCAUCACGGGCCUUUUCACCAACACACGAUUCUUCUCAAGCAACAGGCCAAACCUCAAGCAAGCGUAUGAUCAAGGAUUUACUCCUCCACGAGUCACAAUACAAAUGGCUGUUUACAAGGAGUCACUAGAGCUGGUCGUUAUCCCCACGGUCCGAAGUCUGAUGGCUGCAGUCUCAGACUACGAGUUGAAAGGAGGAAAGGCCAAUAUUUUCAUCACGGAUGAUGGCCUCGGAUACCUCCUUCAUAGCGACCCUGCUGCCGCUCAAGCUCGUAUCGAAUGGUACGAAGCCAACAACAUUGGCUGGGUAGCCCGACCAAUGAACGGCGAGAACGGAUACUUUCGUACCGGGCGAUUCAAGAAAGCCUCAAAUUCGAACUUCUGCAUGAAUUUUGCCAACAGAGUCGAGCGAACUCUCACAAAACUCGUGCAUGCCCACAGCAAAGUCAGAGAUGGAAGCCCAGUCUUCAUCGACCCGGCGGAAGAGGACGUUCUCUAUCACCAAGCUUUGACCGAAGAACUGGCUAAGGAUAGUCGAGUCAAAGCCGCUGGAAACAUCCGUAUAGGUGAAGUCAUCCUGAUGUGUGAUUCCGAUACUCGGGUUCCCCGGGAUUGCCUCAUCAAUGGAGCAGCAGAAAUGUUCCUCUCGCCAGAAGUCGCCAUCGUUCAGCACCACACCUCUGUGUAUCAAGUUUCGGGCGACUUUUUCGAGAACGGUGCUACUUAUUUUGCCAAAAUGUGUUACGCGCAGAUUCGGUUCCAAGUCAGCAAUGGUGAAUGCGCCCCCUUCGUCGGCCACAACGCUUUCGUGCGCUGGAAAGCGCUCCAAGACGUCGCAAUAGAUACGGGUGAUCCGAACUAUGUCAUGUACUGGUCUGAAUAUCACAUUUCCGAGGAUUUCAACAUGAGCAUUCGACUUCAAAGCGCCAACUGGGUCACUCGAUACGCUUCCUAUCAUCAAGACGAGUUCAAGGAGCAAGUCUCUCUUACGAUAUACGAUGAAAUCAGUCGAUGGGAAAGAUACUCUUACGGCGACAGUGAACUCUUGUUCAAUCCCAUUUGGACCUGGCUCUGGAGAGGACCCUUCACUCGGCUUUUCAGGAAAUUUUUGUUUUGCGAUAUGCAUUGGUCUUCGAAGCUCAGCAUUAUAUCAUACAUGACUUCAUAUUAUGCCAUCGGUAGCGGCUUCUUCUACACUAUUGCCAACUAUGUUCUGGUUGGCCUUUACUGGAAUGAACUGGACAAAUUUUACACCUCCUCCUGGUCCAUCUUUCUCUCCGUGGUCCUGGUGUUCUGGAUCCUCAGCAACAUCGCCCUAGCCAUUAUGCGAUUCCGCAUCGGCGAACGAUCAUUCUUUGGUUCGCUCUGGGAAAAUUUCAGGUGGCAGCCGAUGUACUGCUUCUACUUCUAUGGCCUCAGCUUUCACGUCAACAAAGCUUUGAUCGCCCACAUCGUCGGGUACGAAAUGACCUGGGAGAUGACCAAGAAGGAAGUCGAGAAUUCAAACUUCUUCAAGGAGAUCCCAAAGAUUGUGAGCAAGUUCAAAUACAUGUACCUUGUCAUGAUUCCACUCGCUGGUGGCGUGAUAUACAUGGCGUUGUUUGCACCACUGGCAUGGAGGAUUACACAACCUGUGGCGAUCGUUCCAAUGGCUCUGAUGAUUGUCUGUCAUUGCAGCUUACCUUUCGUCCUCAACCCGCAUAUUGUCAGCGCCGUCGAUCAGUAUGCCGUUGACGACAAAAGCAAUAUUGAGAAGGUAUGAAGGGUUAUAAUGAAGGGUCAUAAUGAAGGGCAGUACACGAAUUGGGGGUUUCAUACACAUACACGAUAUACGACUCGAGUACAACUAGAUGGCGACAUCCAAAACUAAUUUCGCGAAAGCUACAUAGAGUCAUAG